UAACAUUAAACGCUAUUUCAGCCUCCAUCAGCAUUUUUAUCUACGUUUUUGUUUAAUAUGUUUCUCGAACCUUGAAUCUUCAUAUGAAAUCUUCAUAAUGGACCCGCCACAAGAAAUUCCUCUCUCCAUCUUUGAUCCAAAAGGUCCAGAGCCUUUCCCAGAAUGCCACAUAGAGAGGAAAGUCUGGGGGGCUUCGCCUCCCCGGGUAGAAGUGACGGACAAGAUGGAACUCCCCGUGACACACGUGUAUCUAUCACACACGGACACCGAACUGUGCGACACGAAGGAAACUUGUGUAGAAGCUGUCAAACAAAUCCAGCAGAAACACCUGGACGAGGGACUGAACGACAUUAGAUACAACUACCUCGUGGGCGGAGACGGGAAUGUUUAUGAAGGAAGAGGCUGGAAGGUAAAACCGGAAGUACCACAACUUUAUCCAGAGAUCAGCGACAGUAUGGUCGACAUAGGAUAUAUUGGAUACAAAGGAACUCGACCGGUUGAAAAACAAAGAUUCGCAGGAAAAUCACUCGUUAAACACUCGUUCAACUGGAAGCACAUAUCUGAAGAAGCCACGUUUUAUUCAGACCUGUAAUAUAACAAGAAAAUAUAUCUUGAACUUUAGACAAAUGUUCUUUGCUUAACAGCAUGUAAAUAUUAAAACUGUGUAUAUUUAAAUCCAUA